AUGGCAAAGCACCAUGGGAACCAUGGGGACCACGGAGCUGUGGAUCCUUACAGCCUGGAAGGCUUGGUACAGCGACACGAAAAUCGACAGCUUCUGCUGCAACGCCUCAGCUCUGUUCGACAACAGAUCAAGGAUUUGGAACGCGAGGUCCAGGACUUGGAGCAAACCGUUCAGGGCUUGCCGUACCUUCGUCGCAGCUUGCCGGACCAGCUCCAGGCUGGUGGCCAGGUGAAUCGCUUGGCUGCCGCGGCGGCUGGUGGGGUAGCCUUACCCUUAGCCGUGGGGAUUAUGCAUCCACUGGACACGGUGCGCACCACCAUGCAGGCCACAGCGGGCCGUGGCUUUUCUGAGGCGGUUAAGGCCCUGGGAUCCAAAGGCGUGGCACGGGGCUUUGGGCUCAGCUUCGCGUGGGCAUCGCCGCAAGGGGCCAUCAGAAUGGCCAGCUACGAGACCUCCAAGGACCAGUUGUUGGACAAAUUUUCCGCCAAGUCCUUUGGCAUCGCGGUCUCUGCCGUUGUGGCUGACUUCGCCAGCAGCGUCAUCAAGGUACCCCGGGAACUCAUCACCCAACGGAUGCAAACGGGGCAGUACUCCUCCAGCUGGACAGCCUUUCGAAGCAUCCUUCGACAGGACGGAGUGGGAGGACUCUUCACAGGAUAUCUGUCAACAGCCUCCCGCGACACGCCCUUCAUGGUUUUGUUGUUCUUUUCCUACGAGCAGUUCAAGGCCUGGAAGAUCCGCCUAACCUUCGCGGAUGAUGUCCCGUCGCAGUUGUUGGCUCCCAUGAAGCCCUGGUCUGAUGCAGAAACGGUGCUCUGGGGUGGCAUCUCGGGCGCUUUGGCCGCUUGGCUCACUACGCCCUUUGAUGUCAUCAAGACGCGUGUGAUGACGGCGACACAGGCCUUGACUUUCGGCGAUGCCCUGCGAUCCGUUGCCACCACAGGGGCUACGGGGCUUUUUGCCGGGGCCGGGGCAAGAAGUGCCUGGUGGUUCUGUGUGAGCUCCGUGUUUUUCGGAACCUACGAGAGGUUGAGAUCCAGCUUUCAACAAAAACUGGAGGAAUGA